AUGCACGUCGUCGUGAUGGAUCACCAACGACGGCAGAAGCAGCCCGUCCUUCACCUCAUUCGCCACGGCCAAGGCUACCACAACAUUCCGCCGGGCAAUUAUACACUUCCGGAUCCCUACCUAACACCCUUCGGCGUGGAGCAAUGCCGACAGCUACGGCAGCGCGAAUUUCCUGAACCACUACACGAUUCACCUGGGUUACCUGGCAUUCAUGAAUUUCCACGGCGCAAGAUCUCCCUCAUUGCAACCUCACCUAUGACCCGAGCCAUCCAGUCUGCCUUCGAGAUCUUCCGCCCCAUCCUGACGGACAACCACACCGAUGGUCGGGAGACAGGUGACCAGACUAACAUACCGCCACCCUUCAUUGCACUCCCCGACGCGCAAGAGUCGAGCACAGACGCUUGCGACAUCGGCCAAGAUCCAGCGGUCCUUGCACGAACAUGUGCAACAAACGGGUGGCCAAUCGACUUAAGUCUAGUCCAUGACGGCUGGAACGACAAGUCCACGCCCGGAAGUCGCUAUUCGCCCGCUUCGAAAGCGAUCUUUCGACGGGCGCGGGACACGCGCGUGUUCUUGCGAGACGCAGCGCGAAGACUUGUUGCGGAAGGUCUUACCGAUGUGCAGAUCGUGCUGGUUGCGCAUGGCGGCUUCAUGCACUACUUGACGGGCGAUUGGGAGGAUGCGGGCAAGUACCGGCGACGGGAUGGGUGA